CCGUCCGGAGAGAAAGUGGUAGGGCGCUUGCACCUGAGCUAGAUUACGUUUAACACCUGUCUCUAAUUCCAGUGAGCAUGGGGAGAGCGGCAUAUAACCAGCCACGCCACCAGCAGCAGGGUGAGAGAGUCUGGCACAAGAAAGGCCACUGUGUACCCAAAGCUGAAGCGGUUUAAUCUGUUAUGUGUGUGAAGCUGAUGUGUUGAGGUUAUUACGUUCCUGUGAAGCCGAUGUGUUUGUUUGACUACCUGCUGUGAAUCUGACGAGUUUGUGAACUUGAAAAACCUUGAAGUGGCCGAUUAAAUAUCUUACCUGUGCCAGAAGAAACCCCGCUUCCCUGUGUCUACUUCCUUCCUGCUGUUGAGUUGUUCCACACUGGUGCCGAAACCCGGGAUCCUGAAGUAUGCCCCAUGGAGUCCUUGCAGUUGGCCGAGAUCCUCAAGUCCCUCGCCGGCCUACACCAGUCACACCAACAGUCUCUGCUUGAGCUACAUCAAGACCAGGAUCGUCGGUUCUUUGAGAUCCUCAGAGCUCAGGCAGACGACCGGCAUGCGAUUCGGAGCCUCCUCAGCCAGGAUAGAACCCUGGCCGCGUCCCCGGACAGCCACAGCCCCCUGCCCCCACCCACACUCUUGAAGAUGGGGGUGGAUGAUGACCCGGAAGCCUUCCUCGAUUUAUUCGAGUGCACCACUGAGAUCUGGAGCUGGCCGUGUGAUCAGUGGGUGGCCAGGCUCCUCCCAUUGCUGUCCGGGGAAGCCCAGCUUGCUGCCCAACAGCUGCCAGCGGCUAAGCUCCUGGCCUAUGAAGACCUCAAAAGUCCAUCUUGCAGCGGGUUGGCCGCAGUCCAGAGCAGUACUGCCAGCUCUUCCGAACCAUGAAGCUGGAGAAGAGCGGGCGCCCGUUUGCCUUCACCCAGCGGAUCCGAGACGCCUGCCAGAAAUGGCUGCUGGCGGGGGAUCGCGACGUCGCGGGAGUUGUCGACCAGGUGGUGCUGGAGCAGCUAAUCCAUCGACUGCCAAGAGGAACAGCAGAGUGGGUUCAGUGCCACCACCCGGCUUCGCUGGAGGAAGCUGUCUGACUGGCAGAGGACCAUAUGACGAGCCCAUUCUUGCCCCAUGGAGGCGAGGAGCCCCACCACUGAAGCCUGUUCUCCGCACACGGGGUUUUGCAUCACCCUCAGCCUCGACAGUGCCCUGCCGCUCUCCCCCUCAGGUAGAAGUGUCCGCCGGUGCGGGCAUGGCGCCUGGGCCGGUCUGCUGGAGUUGCAGGGAUCCGGGACACUUCCGGGAUCAAUGCCCUGUGAUGGAGCUUGGAAAGGUGGUCCGAAUCACCGACAUUCCACAGGCUGCCCCCGAUUGGGCCGGAGUGUACCGGAUACCGGUAAGUGUCAAGGGGGGUACUCGCCAAGCAUUGGUGGACACGGGUUGUAAUCAAACCUCUAUCCACCAACGCUUGGUUCAACACGAGGCUUUGGGCACAGCUAAAACGGUAAGGGUAAAGUGUGUGCAUGGGGAUAUUCACAACUACCCUGUGGUGACCCUUAUGAUUAAAUUCCGGGGAACAAAACAUAGAGUGGAGGCUACGGUUAGUUCCCGCCUCACCCAUACGCUGAUUUUGGGGACUGAUUGGCCUGAAUUUAGAAAUAUAUUAAUGGGAAUAUGCGCGGAUGGGGCCUGCACAAAAGCGGUGAGAUGUGAAAUGUGUGAUGUGCUGGCAGGGGAGGCAGAGCCAGGGCCGUCUUUGUCUGCUCCACGUCAGAGGCUACAGCCUCUCCCAUCCUCAGGGGAUUUCCCUUUGGAGCAGUCACGAGACGAAACGCUCAAGCACGCCUUUGACCAAGUGAGAGUGAUCGAUGGUCAACAACUCCAGCCGAAUGUCGCCCUUUCAUAUCCGUAUUUUGCAAUUAUAAACGAGUGGUUAUAUAGAGUGACGCAGGACGCUCAAACAGAGGAAGAUACAACCCAGCUCUUAAUACCGUGGAGCCGUCGGGAAAUGGUGUUCCAGGCGGCUCGUUAUAAUCCCAUGGCGGGUCAUCUAGGGGAAAGAAAAACACUGAUCCUCCUAAUAGCCCGUUUCUAUUGGCCAGGCAUUGGUGGCGAUGUCCGCAGGUGGUGUGCGGCAUGCCGCGAAUGUCAGCUGGUGAAUGCACCGGCCACCCCAAAAGCGCCAUUGCGCCCCCUUCCGCUAAUCGAGGUCCCCUUCGAGAGAAUUGGAAUGGACCUCGUCGGGCCAUUAGAGCGGUCAGCACGUGGACACCACUUUGUACUGGUCCUAGUGGACUAUGAAACGCGAUAUCCGGAAGCGGUGCCUCUACACAACAUCUCAGCACGCAGUGUGGCGGAGGCACUCUUCAAACUAAUCUCCCGAGUGGGGAUUCCUAAAGAAAUCCUCACUGAUCAGGGCACAACCUUUGUUACGGACACUACGCGAGCUUUACGAAUUAUUGGGUAUUAAAUCAAUCCGCACCAACGUUUACCAUCCAAAAACAGAUUUAAUAAAACCCUUAAAAAUAUGAUUCGUAAGUUUGUGCACGAGGAUAAUAGAAAUUGGGACAAAUGGCUCAAUCCCUGUUAUUUGCAGUACGAGAGGUCCCGCAAGCCUCCACGGUGUUUUUACCAAUCGAGCUGCUGUAUGGGCGGCGCCCGCGCGGUGUGCUUGAUGUCAUACGUGAAGCUUGGGAGGAGGGACCUUCAACAAGUAAAAACGAAAUUCAAUAAGUUCUUGAUCUUAGAGCAAAACUCCACACUUUGGGGCAACUAACACAGGAGAAUUUGCUCCAAGCUCAAGAAUGACAGAGCCGACUGUACAACAGGGGAACCCGGCUGCGGGAAUUUGCGCCGGGAGAUAAGGUACUUGUAUUACUCCCCACAUCGAGCUCUAAAUUACUCGCCAAGUGGCAAGGACCCUUUGAGGUCACACGACGAGUGGGGGAUCUCGAUUAUGGGAUAAAGCGAACAAAUAGAGGGGGCACACCUCAAUGUCCUGAAAUUGUGGAGGGAGGCGGUCCCUGUGACGUUGGCUACAGUAGUUCCAGAGAGGGCGGAGCUCGGGCCGGAGGUGAAUACAAAACAAAAUAAUUUUACCCCAAUCAUUUGAGGAGACCACCUCUCACCGUGUCAGUUUGCAGAGGUUGCCAAGUUGCAACAGGAGUUUGCAGACGUGUUUUCCCCUCUGCCGGGUCGUACGAACCUUAUCCAGCACCACAUCGAGACCGAGCCGGGGGUGGUGGUACGGAGCCAUCCCUACCGUUUGCCCGAGCACAAAAAGAAAAUUGUCCACGAAGAAUUGGAUGCAAUGCUCUAUGGGUUAAUAGAGGAAUCCCACAGUGAUUGGUCCAGCCCGGUUGCUCUAGUUCCUAAGAGCAACGGGUCUGUAUGGUUCUGUGUGGAUUACAGAAAAGUCAACGCGGUCUAAAUUGUGGGCGGUCCUCACUCUCCGGUACUACCUGUUGGGGCGGGCCUUCACCCUCUGCUCGGAUCACGCCCCACUCCAAUGGCUCCACUGCAUGAAAGAUACCAACGCGUGGAUCACCUGUUGGUAUCUGGCUCUUCAGCCAUUUAAGUUCAAGGUGGUCCACAGACCGAGAGCACAGAUGGCUGUCACCAAAUUCCUCUCCAGAAAUGGGGGGGAGUGGUAGGCAGGCCGGAUGCCUCCCCGGCCUGAGUCGGGCGGUGGGGAUAUGUGGCAGUGGGGGCGUGGUCAAGCGUCCGUCCGGAGAGAGAGAAAGCGGUAAGGGCGCUUGAACCUGAACUAGAUUGUUUAACACCUGUCUCUAAUUCCAGUGAGCAUGGGGAGAGCGGCAUAUAAUCAGCCACGCCACCAGCAGCAGGGUGAGAGAGUCUGGCACAAGAAAGGCCACGGUGUACCCGAAGGUGAAGUGGUUUAAUCUGUUAUGUGUGUGAAGCUGAUGUGUUGAGGUUAUUACGUUCCUGUGAAGCUGAUGUGUUUGUUUGACUACCUGCUGUGAAUCUGAUGAGUUUGUGAACUUGAAAAACCUUGAAGUGGCCGAUUAAAAAAAUCUUACCUGUGCCAGAAGAAACCCCACUUCCCUGUGUCUACUUCCGUCCUGCUGUUGAGUUGUCCCACAAUUAUCUAAAAUCAAUUUAAUAUAUGCACUCCCAUAUACAUAUACAGUUUAUACUGUUGAAGUCAGAAG